AUGCAUUCACAGGACCGUUCGGACUUCUAUGUACGCCGGGACACUAGCACGUCAUCAGUAGGCGAUGCAGAAGGGGACACAAAAGCUCUAACACCGGAAGAAGUGGUGACCAAUGUCGCCACCGACAUUUUGAAUAGACUACCUAAGGAUUUUGAUCGCGAUGCUGCAAUUGCUCGCUAUCCCACGAGCUAUCAUCAGAGCAUGAAUACGGUACUUGUGCAGGAGAUGACACGUUUCAAUGUUCUACUAAGCACCAUUCGGUCCAGUCUGAUUACAUUACGUAAAGCGAUUAAGGGUCUGGUUGUGAUGUCCGCCCCUAUUGAGGCUGUGUACCGUAGCGUAUUGAUAAGCAAAAUUCCAGGGAUGUGGGCUGGCAAGUCUUAUCCCAGCCUAAAGCCACUGGGGAGCUAUAUUACUGAUUUUCUGCAACGUUUGGACUUUUUGCAGAAAUGGUUCGAUAACGGCCCACCUACGACAUUUUGGCUUUCCGGAUUCUUCUUCACUCAAGCAUUUCUCACCGGUGCGCAACAGAAUUUUGCACGCAAGUACGUUAUACCAAUCGAUCUGUUGGUUUUCGACUACGAAGUUUUGCACAUGGAGGAGGACCAAACUAAAGGCGUGGCUGCCCCAGCUGAUGGCGUCUAUGUGUAUGGGGUAUUUCUGGAAGGUGCAUGUUGGGAUCGCGUAGGUAAUUGGUUAGCAGAAUCACGCCCGCGCGAGUUAUUUGAUCACAUGCCAGUGAUUUGGAUGAAACCUGUAAAGCGUAGUGAUCUCAAAGAACGACACGUCUACAUUUGUCCGUUAUACAAGACAGCGGAACGUCGCGGUGUGCUCUCCACCACAGGUCAUAGUACGAAUUUUGUUGUGGCAAUGCUUCUGGAAUGUAAUCCGGAAACAGAUUUAUCACAUUGGAUUGAGCGCGGGACGGCGUUGCUGUGCCAGUUGAGCUUCUAA